AUGACCCCACGGCGAUCUUCAGAAUUGGACAUCUCCCCACCUUCUCCAUUUCGUACUCCUACUCCACCAGAACAAUCUCCUACAGGCGGUGGUCAAAGCAAACGGAAAAAAUCCCGUGAAGAAAAAGAUUCAAUUUUUUCUUUUAUUUUUGGGUCAAAUUCUCGACCUUCUUCUCCAAGUUAUGAUCCUAGUUUACAAUCAAUGAAUAACUUGGCAGCUAGAUCAUCAAAAAGAGGUGGCCUUGUUCGAAAACUUUCGGCCGGAAAUGUAAAAUCUGCUUUAACAUUGCCUUCCGAAGACGACGAACCUCGGAGAAAAUCUUUUGAUUCCGUACAACCUGAUAUGAAUACUCGGUAUGGUUACUUUCCUCCAGAAGAAAUAGCACCUUUUGCUUAUCAAGCAAGUCCAAUGGAAACUCGAAAAGGGUCCUCUACAAAUAAUCCCGAUGCUCAUUAUUAUAGGCAUCGAAGGACAAAAAGUUCCGACAGUGAUUCCGCUGUAGACUCUGGUAGCAUAUUGAUUCAUAAAGAAAAAGAAAAGAAAACAAUAUUUCCAAAAUGGUUUAGAAAAAAUUCCAAAGAUAAAGAGUCUUCUCCUCCAGAAGUCAUACAUCGUAAAAAUUCUGAUGCAGAAUCAUACAUUCAUCCAAAUUUAAUUAUAACACCCACUAUGGAAAGAGAAGAUCCUUUUACACCGACAACUCCAAAUUUUAACAAAUCUUCAUUAUCGGGAAAGAGUGAAAAAAGUGACCAUCUCCCUUGGAGAGUGGGUCUUAAAAAAGAAAAGUCGGGAAGAAAGAAGGAAGCCACACCAAGUGAUAUUAUUUUGGAUAUAGAUGACAUGGAUGGCAUCAUAAGGACUGAAAACCGUGAACAUCGACUUUCGAGUGUUUCUACUACAAUUAUAUCGUACGAAGAAAUGUUACAGGAAUCGGAAUCCAGUGAUUGGAUACAUUUACCAUCAGCUAGUAAUACUGAAAUGUGGUCCCCACCAGAAUCAUGGGCGGUUCGGAAACCACAGCCAAAUGAUCAACAAUUUUUCCCAGAAGAUGAUAGUUUAGUUGAUGAUAAUAAUAAUGAGCCAUUGGAUAGUAGUAAAAAAUUGUAUUGUAUUCGAAUCUUCCGACCUGAUGCAACUUUUGGCACUGUAAGUUGUUAUUUGAGCACAACGACGGCCGAAUUAUGUCAUAUGCUUGGUAAAAAAUUUUUCAUCCAAGACAUAUCAAAAUAUAAUUUAUAUGUAAAAAGGCAUAACUUGGAACGUAUGUUAUCGUCAAAAGAACGACCAUUGAAAUUACAAAAGCAAUGGCUCGAACAGGAAGGUUAUACAGAACAUGACAAUUUAGAAGACCUAGGUCGAGAGGACAAUAGUUAUUUGGUUCGUUUUACUUUCCGUGAGACAACCGUUCCUAGGUUUGAGGAAGAACAAGGCGCUUUCUCUUCCAUACAGCAUGUUGAUCUUCAAGCUCGAAAUUUACAGACAAUUCCAAUAUUUCUCUAUCGUCAGGCAUAUUUUAUUCGCUCACUCAAUGUUUCUCAAAAUCUUAUGCUUGAUCUUCCUACAGAUUUUAUACAAUCUUGUCAUCAACUUAAAGAAUUACAUCUUUCUCAAAAUGAAUUGGAACGUGUUCCACAGUCCGUUAGACAAUCUCAAAUGCUUUCAAGUCUUAAUCUUAGUUCCAAUCGUUUACGAGAUCUCGAGCAUGCACAAUUGGACAGCCUUACAGAGUUAACGAACUUCCAAGUUGAUAACAAUGUAUUAACAAGCUUACCUGAAUCCUUUGUAAAUUUUCAUCAUCUAAACAUUUUAAAUGUUUCCAACAAUUCAUUCAUUGAAUUUCCUCCGGCAAUUUGCAAUAUUAUUUCUCUUUCAGAGUUAGAUAUUAGUUUUAAUAAUAUAAAAUCUGUACCAUUGGAAAUUGGUAAACUUAUAAACUUGAAGAGGUUGUUUUUGAUUGGAAAUCAAAUAAUGGGUACAUUACCCUCGAGCUUCAACGAAUUAAUUUGUUUACGAGAAUUGGAUAUUCGUCAUAAUCAAUUUUCUAAUAUUGACGUUUUAUCCUUAGUGCCAAAUCUUGAAGUUCUCCUUGCAGAAUCAAAUAAUGUGAGCAUAGUAGAUUUAUCAUCUAGCUCAUUACAACAACUUAUAUUAUCAAAUAAUAGGCUCACACAGUUCUCGCUCAUGGGAACUAAAUCUUCAAUAACAGAUCUAUCACUAGCUUAUUCUAAAUUAACAGCAUUAUCAGAUGGGUUAUUUGAACAUCUUGAAUCUUUAGAAAAGUUAGAUAUCUCUAACAAUCAAUUGACAUCAAUGCCCAAGUCAAUCGGUUUAUUGAAGAGAUUAACCAAUUUUUCGUGUACGAAUAACACCCUUUCAGCACUUCCUAGUGAAAUUAGUUCUCUAACAGCUUUAAGAGUUUUGGACAUUCACAAUAAUAAUCUUAGCUCACUUCCUCCAGAAAUUUGGUUUUGUGCAAGUUUAGUAACAUUGAAUGCUAGUUCAAAUCUUCUUGAACAAUUUCCUAUGCCUCCACCUUUAUCAUUACCUUCAUCUAUAGAUGUUAAUCAACCAUCAUCCGUUCCUUCUAAUUUAGCUCGUUCUAAUUUAUCUCUUAGUUAUUCCCUUCGUGCAUUAUAUCUUGGCGACAAUCGUUUAACCACUGAGGUUUUUUCUGCCAUUUCUUUAUUCACUGAACUUAGAAUACUUAAUCUUUCAUUUAAUUCAUUGGAUGAAUUUCCUACUGGUAUUACAAUUCUUCAUUUAACAGAAUUAUAUCUCUCUGGAAAUUCAUUAUCAUCGCUUCCUGAUGAUAUUGAAAGGUUGACCAAUUUAAAAAUUCUACAUAUUAAUGGAAAUAAAUUGCAGACUUUACCUGCUGAAUUGAGUAAAAUAAGGAGAUUGGUCGUGUUGGAUGUUGGAAGUAACGCGUUAAAAUAUAAUAUCGCAAAUUGGCAAUAUGAGUGGAAUUGGAACUGGAAUAUUGAACUCAAAUAUCUUAACUUAUCAGGAAAUAAACGGUUUGAGAUAAAACCCGCACAUUUAAACGAAAUAAAUCCUCUCCGAGAUCGUAACCUUGCUGAUUUUGGUGCUUUAACGCGACUUCGUGUGCUUGGUCUUAUGGACAUUACUCUGUUGCAUUUGACAGUUCCUGAUGAAACUGAUAAUCGACGUGUCAGAACUUCUAGUUCUGAAGUCAAUUCAAUGGCUUACGGGAUGGCUGAUACUUUAGGUACUUCCGAUAAUUUGUCCACGUGGGAAGCGGUAAUUCCCAAAUUUCGUGGCCGUAAGGAUGAAUGUUUAUUUGGUUUAUUUGAAGGUCAUGCCGGUACCAAUAGAGGUGGACGGGUUAAUAAAUAUCUUCAUGACUGGUUUCAAUUUCAUUUUAAGAAUGAACUUGAGAAGUUGAAAGAUAAUGAUAUAGUAGAAUCUGCAUUACGCCGAUCCUUCUUGAGUUUAAAUAAGGAACUUGGUCUUAAAGUUUUUAAUUCUAACAUACCCAUGGAAUUUGAGUAUGCAUGGGAGUCUGAAAGCACUAAUCCUGUUGCAUUAGGAAUUGAUGAUAACAAGGCAGGCGCCUCUGGCAUAGUAGUCUAUAUUUCUGGCAAAUUACUUUACGUUGCCCAUGUAGGUGACAUUAAAGCUAUUAUUGGUCGUAAUGAUGGUAACGCUCAAGAAAUUGCUCGUGGCCAAAGUACAAUUUUUCCUGGUGAGGUAGUGAGAAUUAGAGAAGCAGGAGGAUUUAUAUCGCACAAUUGUUUAGUAAAUGGAGAAGUUGAUGUAUCACGAUCAUUCGGUCAUUUUCACUUGACACCUAUUAUUAAUGCUAAUCCUUAUGUAGAGAAAAUUCAACUUUCAGAGCAAGACGAGCUUAUUAUAUUAGCAACUCGUGGAUUAUGGGACCAUAUGAGUUACCAAACAGCUGUGGAUGUUGCAAGGACUGAGGACGAUUUAAUGCGCGCUGCACAGAAAUUGCGUGAUUUUGCAAUAUCUUAUGGCGCAGAAGAAAAUAUAAUGGUAAUGAUUAUUAGAGUUGGUGAUUUAUUUAACCGUCGAUUCCGUAGAGGUCCUGAAGGUCUCGUUGGUGAUGAAGCAAGUACAAAACAAAAGCGUGGUCGAAAAGAGAAAAUUCCGAAUGAUUCUAUGAUGGCAAGAUUACAAGAAGAAAUUGAUCCACCAAUAGGAAAACUUGCUUUGGUUUUUACAGAUAUAAAGAAUUCCACUUUUCUUUGGGAAACUAUACCGAUUGCUAUGCGACAUGCUAUUAAACAACAUAAUACUAUUAUGCGUAGACAGUUACGUAAUAUAGGUGGUUAUGAAGUUAAAACGGAAGGAGAUGCUUUCAUGGUAUCUUUCCCUACUGUAGCGUCAGCCUUAUUAUGGUGUUUUACUGUACAAGUUCAACUUUUGCAAGUUGAUUGGCCAUCAGAAAUCAUUGAAUCGGAAGAUGGAAAAGUAGUUUAUAGUAAGAAUCAUAAAGAUUUGAUAUAUAAAGGAUUAUCCGUUAGAAUGGGAAUACAUUGGGGAUCACCAGUGUGUGAAACUGAUAUAGUAACGAAAAGAAUGGAUUAUUUUGGGCCAAUGGUUAAUAGAGCAGCAAGAAUAUGUAAUGCUGCUGAUGGUGGGCAAAUUUGUGUAAGUUCAGAUGUAGAAGCUGAAAUUAGGAGGCUGGAUUUUUUGAUGGAUGGAGGCGGUGAUGACUCGGUUUUCAGGAAAAACAGUACGGAUGAAGAUAUGCAAGGAAUUCCAUCACAACCUACUAAUGGUAUUUUAGGCAAAAAUCUUAUUCAUUUGAGAAAAAUUGGGUUUGUUUUGAGAAAGAUUGGAGAAAAAAAGUUGAAAGGAUUAGAAAAUCCCGAAGAAUUGUCUUUGGUUUAUCCAUCGGCACUUAAGGGUCGAAUGGAAGAAGAUCAAGCAAAAGUCCGCUUUUCGAAAAUAUAUGAGCCUCCUGCUACACAAAUAUUAAACCCUGCAAUUAUAAAAGCACUUGGAUAUUUAUGUCUUCGUCUUGAACGCCUAUCGUCAGGCAAUGCAAUUAUUCGAAAUACACGAGCUUCAAGGUUGGACUAUUUAUCAGGUUUAACAUUUCAUGUUAAAGAAGAAAAUGCUAGUGAUGAAGAACUAUUGAAAAUCAUGGAAAGUUUAAUUACAAGAAUUGAGAAUUCAAUAUCUACACUAUAUCUUACUAAUGUUGGUAAAUUUGCACUUGGAGAUGUGAUUACAAUGGAUAGUGAAUAUAUUGUUAAAGCAUUACAAAUGUAUGCUCAAUAUAUGG